AUGCACUUCAGCCUUUCCCACAUCCUCGCGGCCACUCUGGCCCUCUCCGCCGCACCGCUCAGUUACGCGGAUGACCUCGACGCAGCCGCCCAGAACAGCUGCUACCCGCCGAGAAACUACCGGCAGUGCGUGAGCCCGUUCCAAAUGGAAUUUGGGAGGCAAAACAUGUGCGGCGGCCGAAACUGGCAGGACGUCAAGUCGUUCAACUUCGGAUUUAUUGGCAUGGUUCAGGCCAGCCAGGGCAGAUGCAGCUGGUGGAGCCAGGACCAGUGCUACCGUGCUUGGGACUAUGUCACUAAUGAGUGCAAUAACCACCAACACAGAGAUGGUGGCAGGUAUACUUGGAACUACAAGAACCAGCCCUGCUACGUCGAUGUCACAAUUUGCGGCCCUGCUCCCCCACAACCGCGUCCUAACUAG